AUGGCGACAGAACUUCAGACCUUCCACAGUCCGAGGGAGGCCUCGGCUGGAGCCGAUGUUGAGGAAGCCGAAUCUCUCGUUCCGACUCUCCCUUCUUCCGAUAGGGGAGCGCCAGCCUUGAAAUUCCUCUUCGGAGCCUUCGUGAUUGAGGCUUUGCUCUGGGGCUUCCCACUCUCAUAUGGUGUGUUCCAGGAGUAUUAUGCCAAACACCCAAACUUCGAGGAUGAGCAUGACAAGAUCGCCGUCGUCGGUACCUUGGCCACUAGCAUAUACUUUUUGGGGGCACCCCUCGUGACACCUCUCGUCAAGCGUUUCCAGCACUGGCAGAGACACAUGAUCAUUUGUGGCUUUCUCUGUUGCAUUGCAUCGCUCGUUGGCGCCUCCUUUGCCACUUCCGUUUCGGGUCUCAUCGCCACUCAGGGCGUGUUGUACGGACUGGGCUUUACUCUUCUCUACUUCCCCGUCUUGCGCAUGCUCAACGAAUGGUUUGUCACAAGGAGAGGCCUGGCAUACGGUGUCAUGUUCGCUGGUGGCGGCUUCAGCGGCGUCGGCUUCCCGUUCCUCCUCCAAGUCCUUCUGACCAAAUACGGCUACCAAACCACGUUGCGGGCCGUGGCUGUGGGACUGUUCAUCGCCGUCCUCCCAGUCCUCCCAGUGCUCAAGGGGCGCCUGCCGGUCUCGCAUCACGGCGCUCUACGUGGUAUCGAUGUCAGCUUCUUCAAGCAGCCGUUGUUCUACGUCUUUGCCUUCUCCAACGUCGUCCAGGGCCUGGGUUACUAUAUCCCAGGCCUGUACUUGCCGACCUACGCGUCUAGCAUCGGACUCUCAGGAACAAUGGGUGCGCUGAUCCUGUCGGCCCAUAACCUCGCAACUACGUUCGGACAGGUCGCCAUGGGCUACCUCUCGGAUCGAGUCCACAAUGUUCUCGGUCUUGUCUUCGUAUCCACCUUCGUCUCAGCGCUGGCGAGCUUCCUCAUCUGGGGCUUUGCCGCCAACCUUGGAACGCUACUUGCCUUCGCCUUGGUGUAUGGCUGGUUUGCAGGCAGCUUCGUCAUCCUGUGGCCGAAGUUUGGAUCGAUCAUGUCGGAUGACCCAGGACCUGUCUACAGCAUGAUGGCUUUUGGAAAGGGCAUCGGCAAUAUCCUGACGGGCCCGAUCAGCGCGCCGCUGAUGAGUGGGCCUGUCGAAGCCGGGUAUGGACUGAACAAAUUUGAGCCGCUCAUUCUGUACCUCGGAUCCAUGAUGCUGCUAUCUUCUCUGGGCAUCGCAGGCUGGCCUGUUCGUGUACGGUAG